GAUCAAACAAAGGCUACCUGCAAAACGCCAAAUGGAGAGAGGAGGGAGGCAACUAACUAUUGAAGGCGGCAGUUGGAAUCAGUUGAAGCUUUGAAAGGGUCAAGCGAAGCACCAUUUCACUAUGUUCGCCUUCAUUCCUUUGUCUUCACCGUUUUGUCACUAUUCACUCUCCCUCUUUGCCUUGUUGUUCCCCAUCGUAUUCUUCCUCCGCAUCUCUCUCUUUCUCUUUGUUUUUUUCUCUUUUCUUGCAGUCCUUUAUAGGGACUUCCACAAUGGAAUUUUCCCCAUUCAGCAUCUUCUCUAUUGUUCUCCUCCCAAUAUUCUUCUUCGAUCACUUGAAGAAUUCGAAGUUUUUCUCGAAGCACAGGGAGCCGAAAAGUGGGGAGUUUUGCUGGCUCCCAAGAUUAUCCUCUAAUCACUUGAAGAAUUCAGAGGUUUUUGAUUUAAAGCAAGCUGAAAUUGGGGAAUUUUUUUCUGGUUCUCAGCUGGGUUGGGGGUUUCAGCACUGGGAAUUUGAUGGGGUCUGAGAGAUACAAGCAGGGUUUUUUAUAGUUCAUUGGAUUUUAUGAAGAAGUUGGCUGAAUUCUGAAUUGGGUCUGUGACAAGGAGUUCAAAGGUUCUAAUCUUGGCCAAAAAUGGCAUCUUCAUUGGAGGAUCUUCUUGCAGAGGAGGGGUUUCAAGGAAGGAGACUGAGGACGACACCUAGACCUUCCUUUGCAUCAAGGGCUGUAAGUAUGCCACUUUACCCUUUCCGAAUCAAUUGUAAGGCAGAUGCUGGUUCAGUUGUUAAAAUUCAGACUGCAAGGACAAGGUCCAGUGUGUCUCGAUACACUUCAGAAGGUGAAGCACCACCUACUGAUAGAGUGAAGGGGACGAAACAGAAGGAUAGCCUUAUUAGAAGAGAGAAAUUAGAUCGAGAACCAAAGAAGGAACUGAAUAAGAGAUUUGAAGAAAGAGAGACUAAUGAUGUGUUUGAAGAUUUUCCAGGAAAUGAGAUAGUUGAGGUAGGCGUGGAAGAGAAUGGAAGAUACAAAGAUAUAUAUUCAGAUAAGGUGUACAGCCCCAGAAAGAGGAGCCAUAAAUUUUCUCAUAGAAUUGUUGAAAAGGAGAGAAAUAAAGAGAGGUCAGAGAAGAGAAAUAGCAGUAGCACUAGUUCUAUCAAACAUUUGCCUGCACAAAAGAGUUUCAGCAAUAAUCACAAUAAUAACAUGAAACAACCUCGUACCUCUUUGAACAGGUCUCGUAAAAGUAUGGAGAACAACAAAAUAUUUGAUGAGAAUCGGGAUCAAAAUCAUGAUAGUUCUGUACAGGUAGUCUCUGAACCUGCUCUUGAUGAAGUUGCUGUCCAAGCCAUGGUCUCCAUCAUAAGCGGUAUUGUCAAACGUUUUCUUACAGACCAGGAUUUUAGGACUUUGCUUCAUCAUAAUUGCUUCUCUUCUCUUAAUAUUAUUGAUUUGGAAGAAGGUGAAAGUACUGCAAGCAAGGUCAUAACAACACUUGAACAAGCAAUUGAAACAGUAGAACUUGUUGCUGAGGAGUCUGCCAGUGGAAAAGACCUGAAAAAAGCUUCUUUGCAGCUCAGUGUAAUUGCGGGUUUGAGCUCAGACGAUAUGAAGGAUGGUUUUACAUCUGGGGUUCCAAAUUGCAAGUUGUCAGCUUGUGCUCAUCUCUACCUUGGUCUGAUAUAUAAGCUACAGAAGAAGGAUAAGGCAUCGGCAAAGCAUAUUCUACAAGUGUUCUGUGAUUCCCCCUUCCAGGCUCGGACCAUGUUGUUGCCAGAGUUAUGGGAUUAUCUGUUUCUUCCUCAGCUUUCACAUUUGAAGGUGUGGUACAAUCAGGAAGCUGAUUCUCUAGCAGAUGCACCUAGCAGACAAAGGAAACUUGAACUUCUUGAAAAAGUUUACAAUGAAAUUCUGGAUUUGGGUACCCAUCAAUUUGCAAUUUACUAUAAGGAUUGGCUCACUGAGGGGGUUGAAGCUCCUUCAGUCCCUUCUAUCCAUGUCCCUUCGGUGUCUGUUCGGGGAGUUGAUCAGGGAAGUUCACAGAGCCACUAUCAAGAGCUAGCUAAUCCACUCGGUCCUUUCUCAACUCAGCCAAUGGUCAGUAAAAAACUGUAUAAUACUGUAUUUGGCAACUCAAUCCAACCCCGAGUUGGUGAAAUGGAAGAGUACGGGGAGGCAGACUAUAAUUGUAUGAGAAGCUCUGAUGAUUCUGCUGUUGAGGAUAAACAAGCACUGACACACUUCUCUGAAUCAGUUAAACAUACUGACCAACAUGCUAAAGAGCACCUCAUGGAGAAUCCUUACGAUGAAGCAUCUCAUCCUGAAGAUGGACACUUACUGGAAGCUGAGGAAUCAACAAGGUUGCAUGGAGUGAGUGCUCCAGGGGAAAGAGAUCCUAGUGAUGAAGUUUGUGACUCUCAUAUAAGGCAGGUCCCUCCAGGAAGCUCCCACAUGUUCCAUGCACCUAUACAUAGAGCGAAUGAGUCAACUCUCAGGACUCUAGCAAGAUCAGUUUUUGACCUGCACAUUUCUUCACAAUCAAACAGUGAAGCAAUUUUUCAUCCCAAUCAAACUAAUAUGGAGUCCUCUGCUAAAGAUUUACAUGGAAAUUGUCAAUAUUUCAAUGAAGGAUCAUUUUUCUCAAGCAUUCCCCAGGAUUUUAUUUGCCCUUUGACUGGACGGUUGUUUGAAGAUCCUGUGACCAUUGAAACUGGUCAAACUUUUGAGCGACAUGCCAUCAGGGAAUGGUUUAAUCAGGGAAACAGAAACUGUCCAGUAACAGGAAAAGCAUUGGAGGGUUUAGGUGUGCCACUUACCAACUUUGUCUUGAAGCGUGUUAUUGAUGGCUGGAAAUCUGAGAACUGCAGGCAUCUCUUGGCUUUUGCCUCUAAGGUAGAGGGGAGCUCUGGGGAACAUGGGGUUGAACCAAAGGAUGAGACAGCUAUUUACGCAUUAGAGCAGUUUCUUAGUGGUUCUAGCAAAGAAGAAAAAUUAACAAAUGCCAAACACCUUAUCUCUGUUGGAGGUCUGCAGUUUCUUACUCGAAGAUUUGAAUUAGGAAACUUGGAAGAGAAAACAUGUGUAGCUGCACUCAUGUGCAGUUGUAUUGAAGCAGAUUACAGAUGCAAAAAUGAGAUAGCAAAAUAUAUUAAAAAACCGUGUCUUCUUGAGCUACUUCACAGUAAGCAGGCUAAAUCAAGAACAAAUGCAGUGUUGCUGUUGACUGAACUUAUAUGCAUGCACAGGUGGAAAGAUGUGACAUUGUUCUUGAGCAGCUUUCAAAAUGAAGGGAUCAUGAGUGCUAUGCAUGUUUUGCUUGUGUAUCUUCAAAGUUCUUCACCCGAGCAACGGCCCUUAGUUGCUGUUCUCCUUCUACACUUAGAUCUUCUGGUAGAACCUCGGAAGUACAGCAUAUACAGAGAGGAGGCUGUUGAUGCUAUUGUAGUGGCUCUUGAAGGCAGCUUAACUGACGAGAAUGUCCGAGAAAAGUGUUGCAGGGCACUCCUAAUCUUGACGGGGCAUUUCUCUUUCUCUGGGGAUGUGCCCACAGAGAAAUGGAUCCUAAAACCAGCUGGACCUAUGGACAGUCAUGAUUUGAGUUCUUGUAAUAAUGAGGAGAAUGGUCUAUUAGUUGAUGGAACCAUUUCAUUGGAUGCUGAAGAACAGGCCAAGGAAGAGUGGUUUAGGAACUUAUCAACAGUUCUGCUUGGUAAUGGACAGAAGUCAUUCUUGGAGGCAAUUUCCAAGUGUUUGGGCUCUGAUAGCUCUGAACUGGUGAGGGUGUGCCUGACCACUGUGGCAUGGUUGAGCAGUGCUCUUAGUUCACUAUCAGAUGCUGAAUUCCAGCUCUCCGCCUUUUCAGCUCUCAUCUCUAGGCUGAGAGAUAAUUUGGAAAACAGUGAGCAGAUUGAACACAAAAUUCUUGCCUCUGCGUCUCUGUUAAGUUUCAGCAAAAUACCAGAGUGCAGGGUACUCUUGAUGACGAUUGCAGAAGAAAUUGUGGUUCCUUUACGAAGCCUUGUACAAGUAACAUGGACUGCAAAACAUCUUUAUACCGCUAUUUCUGGGGAAGAUCUGUAAUCUAACAGGAAAUGAAUGCAGCUCUUCUUCUAAACAUGAUGUGAGUUUUCGGGCAGUAAUCACUCUUCUUGUGAGUAUUAUGAUUGAGGUAUUUGCUAUCACCAACCCCCCUUUAAGGAAAAUAUGUCGGUGUAAAAGCUCUAUUGCUUUGAACUGAUGAUGUUAACAUAAUAUAUAUACCACAAUGACAGAAGUUUUGUUGUGUUAAACCCAAUCUGUAUAUUGGUUAAUACCUCUGUAUUUGCAUUUUAAGGGUCCAGAACUUUAUUGGUGUA